CACCUGUUUGCUGCUUGCAUACUGUCACCAUGAGGGAGCAGCGCUAAGUGGAUGUGACUGCUCUGAUUGCACUCCAUGGGAAAGCGAGAAGAAAUAGCCUACCUCUGAUCAUCAACGCGUCAUAUAAUGUUUCAGUGGACGCCCCUCCCCCUGUCUCGUUUUUUCCCCUCACUCAACCUCUCCUUUGACUCACAGAGGCGGCUCACCACUGGCGCACGGACGGUGGAGGAUACGGGCAGAAGAUGGCUGACUUAGCCGGGCACCGCAAGCCCUCGGCGGCAUCACCAGCGUCACACGGGCCGCUGAAAAGCUGCAAGACAUCCGCCGUCUGGCGACUGUAAACAGCUGCCGCUGCCUCUCACCCCCUCAUCUCCCCUCCUCACCGCAAAUAUUGACAGAAGUAUCACAGAGAAAACAUGGCAGAGAUGGAAAAAGAGGGCAGACCUCCGGAAAAUAAAAGGAGCCGAAAACCAGCUCACCCAGUGAAAAGGGAAAUAAAUGAAGAGAUGAAGAGUUUUGCAGAGAACACAAUGAAUGAGCUGCUGGGCUGGUACGGCUAUGACAAGGUGGAGCUGAGAGAUUCAGACAACCUAGAGAUAGGGGAAACGCCACAGCACAUCUCUGUUCUCAAAGAAAACUUGUUGCCAAAAAUCCCAGCUUCAACAGAGAGCAGCGAAGGCCCUCCGGAUCGAGCCAACAGCUCCCAGUCUUUGCCAGCCUCCAGGAACGGAGUCACAGAGCCCUCCACCACACCGUCCACUUCCACGCCUAGCACCAAGGAACAUGGCAACCUGCCCAUCAUUGUCCCCAUGAUCCCCCCACCACUGAUCAAGCCCCCUGCAGAUGAAGAUGCAUCCAAUGUGCAGAUCAUGUGCGCCUGGUGCCAGAAGGUUGGCGUCAAACGCUAUUCUCUAAGCAUGGGAAGUGAGCUGAAGAGUUUCUGCAGUGAGAAGUGCUUCGCCGCCUGCCGCAGAGCCUAUUUUAAGAGAAACAAGCUGGGAUAUAUAAGGAGUUACGCUGCGAGAGACGACGAUGGCCUCGGUGGGAAAUUACCCCAGCACAGCUUUACUCAGGACACGCCCAGGCUUGUCUUCAAGACAAACAGCGAUGUGCUUGUGUGUGACUGGUGCAAACAUAUUCGCCACACUAAGGAGUACCUGGACUUUGGUGCUGGUGAGCGGAGGCUGCAGUUCUGCAGUGCCAAAUGCCUGAACCAAUAUAAGAUGGACAUUUUUUACAAGGAGACCCAGGCAGCACUGCCUGGAGCACUGUGUAACCCAGGACAUGGGGCUGGUGGAGAGGGUAAGGCAGAGUGCAGUGGAGGGGUACAGCUGCUCACUCCUGAAUCCUGGGGAACGCCAUUAACAGACCUCCGGCGUAAAGCUCCCUCACCAGGAGGUCCCUCCAACACCUCCGCUCUGGCCCCUUGCACUUCCUCUGCCAACUCGCCCUCAGAGGCUGCUGUCUGCUCCCCAUCCUCCUCCUCCUCAGCCAAGAUCCCCACACCUAGACCCCAUGAGAGCCCCACACUCCCCCCACCGCAUGUUCCCACUUUGCACCCACCUGUUGGUGUCCCUCCUGGUAGCCCUCCAAUGGUGAUGACACCACGGGGGCCCAUGCCCCUGCCUCUGUUCAUGGAGCAUCAAAUGAUGCAGCAGAUCCGUCCCCCAUUUCUUCGUCCCUCUGGCCACCCAGGUGGACCCAACAGUCCUCUGUCAAACCCUAUGAUCCCUGGUAUUGGUCCACCACCACCCAGGACCCUUGGUCCUGCAUCCAGUCCCAUGCACAGACCCCUGUUGUCUCCGCAUGUCCAUCCUUCAUCCAAUCCCAACCCUGGCAUGAUGCCCCCCCACCCUGGUCUCCCCAUGCCAGGACUGCCCCCUUUUCCCCCAGUCAACAUGAUGCCCAAUGGAGCCAUCCCCCUGCCCCCAAUGAUGAACUUUGGCAUGCCAUCCUUGGCUCCAUUGGUACCCCCACCAACUCUCUUGGUCCCUUACCCUGUCAUUGUACCCCUCCCAGUCCCAAUCCCCAUUCCAAUCCCAAUCCCCUUCAGCCCCAAAUCUUCCAGGGACCAGCCAGAGAACAGUUGCCCCGUCCGCAGUGCUCCAGAGUCUUCAGAAGCUUCAGCCUCUGGGCCCCAUUCUCCAGGUUCUUCUGGAGGAGACAAAGGGGAGCAGAAAGUAGAGCCAGCUGGUGCAGAGCUUCUCUCUCCUGGACGCUCAGAGAGAAGCAGGACAGGAGUGGUGGACUUGACUGUGAAGGCAGAGGACAGUUCGGGAAACCUGUGUCGAACCAGUGGCCCCGGACAGAUGGACGGGGUGAUUGAUCUAACUGUAGGCCAGAGGUCAUGCCAACAACAGGUCAUUCAGAGGAUGCUGCCUGGGGUCCAGGUCAAAGUAGAGGCAGAGGUCGAAUCAAGAUCUCCACCAGCUUUUGGGCUUGGGAGGGAGGGGGUGGCCAGUCAUGAUGGAGGGGAAGGGACUCUCUCACAGGGCCUCCUCGGUGCUACAGAGCUGGAAGGGGCCAAACACUCAGACACACUGGAAGCAUCUGGCUCACCCCCCUGCAACAACAGCCCUUCUUGCAAUGGUGAUCCCCCAGUAAGCCAGCUAAAUCCCUGUAUCUCCAGCCUUACCCCACCACCUGUACCCAGCACAACACGGACCCAGCCCCAACUUCUGCCCCAGCUCCAAGCUAGCCCUGCUGCCCCAUGUAAUGUCAUAGUCAAUGGUACAGGAUGGCAUUCACUUCAUACUCCUGCCUUCGAGUCUUGCCCCGACCGAAGAGGAGAUGUGGUCACAGGAGAAGGAGAAGCAGAGGAGCAGCCAGCCAAUGGUGAGUUGGAGCGGGAGGCGCUGAAAGAAAACAAUUGCUCAGUAGGAGAAUGGGAGUCGGGGAAGCGAGGCUCAGCACAAGAUGAGAUGGUGGAUGCAAUGGAGGGAAAGCCAGACCCUGACUCCAAUUUGGAGGAGGGCGAACAUGCCUACGCCCUGCCACUGCUAUCUACUGGAGGUUGUGUGGUCAUCCAGCCUGUGCCAAAGCCUGGCGCUGACAAGACAGCCAUCCUGUCCUGCUCCAUCAGUGCACCAUUAUCAGCUGCUGGGAGCCCCGAGCUGGAGCCGCCACUCAAGAGGAGGUGUCUGCGAAUCCGCAAUCAAAACAAAUGAGAUGGAUGCUCCGAGGACCGCAGUGCCAUCAACGACACUCACUUGUCCACCCCCCACUCCUGCUCCUCCCCACUCCACCACCACACAUGUGCACACACACACACACACACACACACACACUCAUCCUCACCCAUUGUCCAGUCUACCUGCACCACAAAUCGCCUUCGACGACUGAUUAGAGUCCAAACAAACAUGUUAAUGUGUAUCAUAGUAAAGUGGACAGGACUCCUUUUGUCUGUGUAACAGACACUCUGGUGGACUGAACUUCUACAGACUUAAUGUCAUGGCCAGCAGGACCGCUUGACCUUUGAACUGCAGACAGUAAAUCCCUGCAACAGGUGGACUUUACCCCGCUGCUUCUCUCCUCAUUUAGAGACUCUCAGCCCACACUGCCCCCUUGUAACUUAUCCACCUUUCCCUAUCAAAACAAGUGAUCUCUGUACUGUCUGUUACUAUGGAGCAAACUAUAGUGUCCGAUAUUCAAAGAUGCUGCUGGGAAAUUGGUGAAGGAGCCCCAAAGAGAGAUGUUCAUCCUUCUAUGAAACGCUCCUGUUUUGGUCCAACCUGGUGCCACACCACAGAUACAAAAUAUCUGCUCCAGUAAGUGUUUUUUUCUCACACACUUUGUCACUAAUGUAUAAACUGAUUUCACAAAGCUUUGACUGUAGAGUCACACAGCUGGCAAAAAAAAAAAAUAGCAGAAAUUCUGCCCUAUCCUCUCGGCCUUUGCUUGUCCACAACCAGCAAAAACAUACUUGCCAACCUGACACUAAGUGUUCUGGGUGAUUCUGAUGGGAGGUAGCUAAAAACAGGCUUAACAAGCAUGAAUACAGUUAAUGCAAUAUAACUGCAGGAGAAUUUAAGGAGAUCUUUCAAUCAGAGGCUGGAAAACUGUCCUUGGACAUAAAAUCAUCUUCAGUUGUGUUGAAAAUCGUUCCUACUGAAUCAGCAAACUAGAGGAUAAAAAACUAACCUUCACCAGCAAAUAAUGGAUGUGUGGGUGGAAUCAUGCAAUCUCUGCCAUUUUCCUGUGGCAUCUAUUUGUUUUCUCUUAAACUUAACCGAAUUUAGAUAUAUAUUGUUACACUAGAAUGAGACAGAGUUGUCAUGAUAAUCAUUCCUACUAUUGACAUUUUCUCACCCUCGGGAAGGCUGUCUGUGUGCUUAUACAGUAAACAAGUAAUAUGGACCCCUGCUGUUUAAGAACAUUUCAAGGCUUACUGCACCUCCAAAAGAACCAGGAUGGCAUGGCAAUGUAAAAACUCUGCCAACCUGCAAUGGGUACUUGCUACCGCAGGCUAGUACUUAAUCUUUUCUAUAAUACAUUACCACUGAUGUUCCUGUCAUGGGUUAGUUUGAGACUGACUGCACUGAAUUUAGAGGGGGCAGAGGGAAGCCAGCUAUUUCAUAAAUAAUUAUUUUGGGACCUGCUGGGGAAACUGCUGAAGUAACACAACAGGAAUAUUUAAACAAUAAACACACUGAAGACAAAUUAAUUUUGAAAAUGAUAUGAAAAGUCUUUUCACAUUUCCUCUUGCUUGUCCACUGAUCUUGCCAAGUUGCUUCAUUCUAUGCCAAUUACUUUGUUUUAAACCAGAUUUAAAGCCAGUGUUGUCCUUGAGUCAAUGUCAUGCUCCAUGUACAGCUUUUUAGACAGUUUAAGUGAAUGCGACACAAACUUGUCACCUAUCCAGUUUGAUCUGAUCCAGUUUCACCGCGGCUUAAGCCUGAGAGCUUGGACGCCAUCAAACAAAGCCAGCAUUUAGUUUACACUCCUAUGGAGGAGGUACAUUGUACCAGUGCGAGACAAGGUAUUAUCAUAUGCCAAAGGCUUCUGGUGUGUUGAAACAAAACAUGUCACCUAGUUUUCAGUGGAAAUUUCAAACUGAAGAUUUGACCAGAUAAUUUGUAGCUGCCAAAAUAACAAGCACUUAUUUUAAAAAGAAAGGAAGAUACUGGAGAACACAAGUGGAUGUCAAAAACAGUAUUACCCUGUUACCCCUCUUUUUGGUUUACUCAAUCCAUAAAGGUCUAUGAUGUGUGACACUGCGAGUUAAGGUGAAAUACAAUACUUUGCUUUGCAAUCCCCACCAAUCUCACUGUUAUUCCUGUAGCCUUUGUUUCAUUUCAUUCUGCCAUGGUGAGCCAGUGUGAUUCACUCUUUAUCUAAAUGAGGCCCAACAUUUACUCAUAUAUACACAGAAUCUCACAUCACAAGCAUGCAUACUCAUACUUAAUGUCACACACACAUGUGCGUGUGUGUGUGAGGCAGGUGCAAGCAGAGAGCCCAGUUGAGAUUACAGAGUGUUGACUCAGAGUAAGCAGUGUGCAACUCUUAUCUGUUGCCUGUUAGUCAGGCAUUUAGGCUUCGCUUGUUCCUUGCCAAGGCCUGGCUUUGGUGUCACUUUAAGCAUUUCCUUGCCCUCACUUAAUUUCUCUCCAAGCAAAGCAGUGAAAAUGCUCUUUUUAAGCUUUUUUUUUCUUUCUUGCCUGCCUUUUGCUGAAUUGCAUUUGUCCAUAACUAUCAAUAUUCCUUUCUGUAAUUCUUUUCCCAAAUAUCACAAGAUAUCCACAAGCACUGUAUCCACAACUUCAUGAGAAGAAGAAUAGAAAUUGUGUAAUCACACUGCUAUUGCCAUAAAAUUUCUCUGCACAUUUACAUUAAUCAGAGAAUGGACCCUUUCCAGUUUAGACCCUCCAUGAGCUUUCCUCUAGCGCCACCCUCAGGACAAAAUAUCUGCACACCAGAUAUAAAAAGCUAAUGGCCAGAUUUCAGUUAAAGGAAUAGUUUGAUAUUUGGGGAAAAACACUUUUUCUGCUUUCUUGCCAAACUUAGAUGAAAAGACUGAUAGUUCUCUCAUAUCUGUCUGUUAAUUUUGAAGCUACAGCCAGCAGCCAGUUAGCUUAGCUUAGCAUAAAACUGGAAACAGAGGAAACUGCUAAUGCGGUACAGUAAAAGGUAAAAAAACAAACAAACAAAAAAAGCCUUCCUACCGGCACUGUCAAGCUCACUAAUUAACACGCUACAGUGUACACUGUAUAUCUUGUCUGCUUCCAGUCUACAUGCUUAGCUAAGCUAGCUGUCUUCUGUCUCCAGCUUCAUAUUGAAUGGACAGAUAUGAGAGUGGAAUUGAUCUUCUCAUCAAGCUCUCAACAAGAAGGCAAAUAAAUGUCCUUUCCAAAAUGUUGAAUUAUUCCUUUAAAUUUGCUCCCUAGAGGACAAGUGCUAAUUGUUUUUGUGACCUUUUCCUGACCUUUCAUCUGGUGCCACCAUCAGGCCAAACUUUCAGUUUUAGUGCCAUUACUGGGCAAUCUCCCAGACUUUCUUUAAGUAGGUCAUACUCUUUGCCAGAAAUUUCAUGCUGAUUUAAAAAGGUGGAAGGCACUCAAUUUUUGAUAAUGAACAAACCAAAAUCUAUUGUUUUGUCUGCUGUUUCUCUUGCUUGACACUUACACACACACACACACACACACACACACACACACACACACACACACACACACACACACACACACACACAGUCAAAACAACAUGUCUGGUUAUGUCUGAUCCUAAUCUGCACCAGUGUUGCUGUGUUGGCGUUGUACAUGAUGUACUGUCCAUGUCUCAGACAGAUAUUGAAGAUAUAAAAGCUUAAUCCUAACAUGGCAAUCCUGGACCACUGAAUCAGUCUUUGUGAUGGCAAACAGACUCAUGACAAAUCUCCAGCAUUCCUUUUUUGAUGAUGGACUACAGGCCUGGUCAACAGCCUGAAUUAUGCAAUGACAACUAACUCCAACCCUAAUAGAGACUAAUAGUCCACAGACAAAACAAAACAUGACAUGACUUCAUGUUACUUUUCAAAAACAACAGAGAAGUUGCCUUAACUCUUGCUUGUAUAAUCUCUACAGUUAAGACAAUGAUGCUCGCUUGUAAAGAAGACUCUCCCUUCUUUGUACAAAAUGAAAUAUACCAGAAACAACAACUUUGUUAUCUUGCUAGUGUCAAUGUAUAGAUGAUCAGCUUUUUUCUGUAACUUGUAUGGACCGUCACAUUUUUGCUAAGAAGAAACCCUCCUCCCGAAUUCCUUGUUCCUAAACAUCCAAUCUGUUCAACGUUUUAACUCGUGGUGGACUGUCAAUCUUUUUGUGUACAUUUUAUAGUAUUAUUUAUUGUUGACAAGUUUUGCAUUUGCAAAUAAUAAAAAAAAGUGAAGGUGGUUUGACCUGAGCAUUCGAUUCCAAUGUAAAUGCCUGGUGAACAGUGAAAUGCUUUUUUAAUUAUUAAAACGGAGAAAACAGUGAUAUGAGGAGAUGAUCUUCUGUCUUUUUAUUAUGACGUUGUAACAUGUACAUAACAUGUGGCCAAAAUUGCUUUGGAAAAUAAUCAUUUUUUGUGUUGUAACAGUAUUUGUUUUAUCCAGUGAAUUGCUCAUGAAGACAAAUAAAUAAGAGGCACACACAACUCUGUUU